GAUGCCCACAUGCGCAUCGUGGACAUCGAUCCGCGUUUCCCCGGAUCGUGCCACGACUCCUACGUGUGGAGGCACUCGCCACUGUUAGGCCGCCUCACACGUAACCUGCGACGUGGAGAAUGGGUGCUUGGAGACUCAGGCUACCCUCUUGAGCCAUGGCUGCUGACACCUGUGCCAGGCCAUCCAGGCAUUGACACUCCGGAGGGGCGCUACAACCAGGCCCAUGCCUCCAUGAGGAACGUUGUGGAGAGAGGUAUUGGCGUCUUGAAGGCAAGGUUCCGGUGCCUUCAACGGUACCGGACACUCCUUUAUGAGCCCAAGGAUGCAGCCACAAUCGUGGCAGCCUGCGCCGCUCUCCACAACAUUGCUUUGAAGGCAGGGGAGCCGGAGCUGCAGGACAGUGAUGAGGAGGCUGAUGACAACCAGCCACCGCUGCAACAGGGCUUGCCUGUGUCUCAAGGGCACCACACCUGCCGGCAAGAAACGCCCAGAGAGCUGCUGAUGAGGGCGAAGCAGAUGAGGAGUCAGGUUGUCAACCUGUUCUCUGCGGCCCCUAACUGGCGUACCACUCACCUGCGUAUGCUGCAUCGUCGGCUGAGGCAGCAACAGCAGGCUCGUCGCGCGGCUCAACCGUAAAGCCAACCACUGCCUCCUGCAUUAGUUGGCCCAAGAGCUGCGAAAGCUGCCCCACUGGCCGCAGUGCCUCCGCUACUUGGUCGGCCUGCCGCUCCACAGCAGCCACGACCCGCUCAGUAGCUGCAGCCAGCCGGUCUACGCCCUGGCGGAUACCACGAAGGAGCUAGAAAGAAAUCAUUACAUCAGCAUCCAUUCCCGCACAGUCGGUCAAGCACCUCUACAGCAAAGUGACCUGCAUAACGAAAGAGUUCGGUCGGUUCCUAGUGUGAGGCGUGCUGUGCACAAUGUUUACAAAGUGAGCUGUAGAACGGAUGAUUUUGGUGGUCCCAAGCACUUCAGGUAUAAAGGUGCUCAACUGCAUGUAUGCUCAUUCAGAUUACCAUAUGUUCAUUAGUUAUGGGGACAAGGACAAACACUUUCUAUGUUGUUGUCUGUCUGCACCAUUGUAUCUGUUUUUUGUUGUUGCUUUUCAUGUAGUUCUGCAAAGAAAUAUCAAUACCAUAUGUACUUUUAUGCUGUCGAGCCGCCGGAAAGUUAACAGAUGGCAUAGCAAUAAGUUUGGGAUUGCAAAUGAGCAAGCGACCAUGACAUGUAUCACUGUAGCAAAGAAUGCUAGGCCCUAUGUUGCAUUUUGUUGCAAAAGCAUGUAUUGGACCCUGUAUAUAAAUUGUUAUUCAAGCAUUGCAAGCUGUCGCACUGCCAUUAUAUGUGAUGUUUCCCAGCCUUCCAGAACAAGUUAGCAACUUCAAACUUUGUGGAAAUAGCCACAGUCCUGAGUGUAUUGUGUGGCAAAGUUUUCCUCUUACUGCCUUAAUUACAACCAUUGCAACUCAUUAAUCAACAGUGUUCUCCUUUUUAAUGUUUCAAUAGUUUAUUGAGGUUUGUGUUCUCCAUCGUCCUCAAUAAACUAUGCAAGCUAUAGUGUUUCUAAGUGCGUCAAAAUAAAGGAAACUUUACGGCGAUGUGCAGGCUAAAUUUGAACUGUGAGUUAGCUACCGCCUUUGCAAAUAAUUAUGAAGAUGAAGGGCCCAGAGCAUUUUAGGUAUUUUACAUAUGCCACUCAAUUUACCCCGCUGCCUUGGGAAAAAUGUUUCAGACAUGAAUAUUUUUGUGUGAUGGGGGAGAACUAUCACAAUCAGCAUGCGCAAUCCGAUGUGUGUGAUGCAAUUACAGCAUAUGCGGAAAAAUUCAUUAGCUAAUACUUGAAAGUGGGCGGCCAAGGUUUGAAACGAGUAAGUCAUAUGAGGCAGUGUUUUAAAACGAGUGAUUUAAUUACAGGCAACUUGCCAUGUUUAUGAAACUGCUCAAAAGAAAGAGCUGUAGUGGAAAUUGGAAUGUAUGAAGCUGUUAUUGUGUGAUUGAUUGCAAGUGUCCCUGUUGUCUAGUCCACCCAGUCAUUGCCUGUUGCAGAAAUGCUAAUGGCAGUGAUUACUGUGUUUGAAGCUGUUACAUUGUGUUAAUGAUUGCAAGUGACCGUGUUUAUGACCAUGUACGUAAUGUAUGAUGAUGUUCUCGUCCGUCUCCCUUAGUCUUUUUUUUUUCAGUUCAGCUAUUGAAACACGUGUUAGCCAUGUAUGUGAGUUAGUGACCUGUGCAGCUCAUCAAAUUGCUAAAAAAAUGUUACACCUGUCUACUGUCAUUCUAUUACACUCCACCAUAUAAAGCAGGCAAGGGCACACGCA